AUGGGACGACGCGAAAAUGAUCGUAUCAUCCAAUGGAAGAAAGGUGACACAAUUGGAGAAGUCGUUGCUGGUGGCAAUGGCAAAGGAAAUGGAUUAAAUCAAUUGAAAGGUCCACGUAAUGUAUUGAUCGACAAAGAGACGGAUAGUCUCAUUAUUUGUGAUACUGGGCGAGUUGUACGCUGGUCCCGUCGUAGUCGCACAACACAAGGAGAAAUCCUCAGCGACAACAUCGCAUGUAAUGGAUUGACUAUGGAUGAUCAAAGAGAUAUAUACGUCUCUGACAACGGAAAACAAGAAGUAAGACGAUAUCAAUGGGGAGAUAAGAUUGGUACUAUCGUAGCUGGUGGCAAUGGCCAGGGUAAAGAUCUCAAUCAACUCUCUGUGCCGACAUGUCUCUUUGUCGAUUCACAACAGAAUGUCUAUGUGUCAGACAACUGGAAUCAUCGUGUAAUGAAAUGGGCUAAAGAUGCAAUAGAGGGCGUCGUCGUCACUGAAGCUCUAGAUGUGGAACACGAUCUGACAUAG